AUGCCCAUCAAGCACAUUAUCCUAGUCUACUUGAUCACAUUGGCUUCAGUGCGGACGGUACAAUCAGCCCCAGACUCCGUAUAUUACUACCGGUAAGUUGGUAUGAGAAGGAAGUUACAUGGUUGUUACACAGCCUCACCUUUGUAUGGGCAAAUUUAGCCCGCCUACCCCAAACUGUCUUCCCCCCCCUGCCGCUGGACUGUGAUUUAUAUAACAGGCUACGUUAGGUUAUAACUUUAAAAGCCUAAACUAUAAGUGAUACUUACAAAGUAAGUAUACUUAUAUUUACCUGUCGAGUAGACGAUGUUAUGAUUAUUAGUUUCACUAGUAAACAAAACCAAAAUUAGUAGGGUUACAAUAAGAAUAGAUGUUACUAUCUAAAAACAACAAAAUUGCAAGUUUUAUCUUUUAUUGUCCGUAAUUACCUCGCCUCCGUCUAUUUUGCAAGUCUGUGGCUUCGUAUGUUGAGAAAUGUUAUCAGGGUUACGAUAAAAACAACUUCAAUGCCAUAAUAUAUAUAGUAUAUACAAUCACCUAAAACUAUAGUAACCUCUAGCACUUUACGCCGAAAAACUAAAACUACAGUAACCUCUAGUGACGUUAUGCUAAAAACUACAGUAACCAUGCUUUCAGAGACCCGCCCAGUGCCGUCCUCAACCCCUUGUCGCGCUUCUUCUACAUGGACGAGCCGCGACACAUGUCGCCGGCGAAGCGCGACAAGAAAUACGACCGGAACUGUUUCUUCUCGCCCGUCCAGUGUAUGCUGUCGUACAACACCAACAACAACGACGCGCUCUACCACCCGCGAGGCCGCAAAUAG